GUAAUAACGAACGUUUGAGUUUUGCUGCUAGAAGAGAAGAGUUAUUGAUUUUUAAACAUAUUUUUUAAAUUAAUUUGGAAACAUAUUUUGUAACACUUCUUCUUUAAUUAUUCAAGUUUUUAUUUCUUUCGCAUUUUUUAUUGAUUAUAUUUACAAUGACAGAUAACACAUCUCUUACGCAAUUAAAAAAAAAAAGCACACGGCGGCCACAAAAGUUCCGUAAGGAGUGGCUUAAUAAUCCGGAUUUUUGUUCGUGGCUCCGGCCUCAUUCUGAUAAAUUAAAAGCUCAAUGCUCACUCUGCAAAGCAACAAUCACUGCGGAGUUAUCAGUUAUUCGCAAACAUGCGACUAAUAAGUCUCAUUUAAUAAUGUUAAAAGGUUUAAAUAAACAAACGAAAAUGUCUAAUUUUAUAGAAAAAGCUUCAAAUGAAGUUCGAAAUGAUUCAAUGAAUCAUAAAGUUUCCCGCGCAGAAAUUAAAUUGUGUAGUUUUUUUGCAGAACACAAUGUACCUUUUAAGAUUAUGGAUCACUUAAUACCGUUACUCCAGGAGUGUUUUCCUGGUAGUGACAUUAUAAAGCAAGUCCGAUUAAAAUCUUCUAAAAGCGCGUGUGUUAUUAAAAACGUAAUCGGAUUUGCUGAAAAAGAAAAACUAGCUAGUAAAUUACAAAAAAACUCCUUUUAGUGUAUUGAUAGAUGAGUCAACUGACAUUUCAAUGACUCAAACAUUGUGCAUUAUCGUACGGUAUUACGAUGAAUCUCUAGGAAAAAUAGUUAGUCAUUUUUGGGAGUUAUGUAGAAUCUUCAAUGACGAUUCUAGAGAAGUAUCUGCUACAGCAGAGCAUCUUUUUAAUUGUGUCCGGGAAUCUUUUCAACGUUUCUCUGUAUCUUUCGAUAAAAUUAUUGGUUUCGGGUCAGACGGUUGUAAUGCGAUGAUGGGUAAACAUAAUUCAGUAAGAACAAGAUUUGAAGAUAGUUGUCCUAACAUUUACAUCAUGACAUGUAUUUGUCAUUCGCUUCACCUUUGUGCCAGUGAAGCUUGUGACGCAAUACCGUCUGAUUGUGAAAAAUUAUUUCAUUCAAUUUAUAAUCACUUUUCAUCAAGUUCUAAGCGGCAGCAUGAAUUUAAACAAUAUCAACAGUUUUUAGAGCUAAAAAAUCAUAAAAUUUUGUGUCCAGUGGAGACUCGAUGGCUUUCAGUAACGGCUGUAAUUACCAGGCUUCUAGAGCAGUGGGACGCGUUAACUUUAUAUUUUAAUAAUAUUGUUUACGAUAUAGAAAGAAAAAUAUCUAAUUCACGAAAAACAAAAACUUCUUCGGCUUUAAAUUUUGAAAUAGAAGAAUUUAUACUUCAAAAUCUUAAUAACCCUAUUACAAAAUUAUAUUAUCAUUUUCUUGAAUGGAUUUUAUUAAAAUUCUCAACUUUAAACAAACUUUUUCAAUCCGAGAAACCAUUAAUUACAGUCGUUCAUAAAAAAAUGAGUUCUACAUAUACAGAAUUACUUAAAAAUUUUAUGGUCCCGGAUUACGUUAAUAAAACACCGUUAAGUUUGAUUAAUCCGGCCGAUGAAUCGAAAUAUAUAAAUAUUUUGAAUGUUUACACGGGUGUAUAUUCAAUUGAUUUUUUUAACAAGCCUGAGUACUCGACAUCUCCACGAAAAGAAGUACAAAUCGAAUUUCUUACUAAUUGUAAAAAUUUUUUCGUAAAAGGCUGCUUAGCAAUAAAGAAAAGGUAUGAUUUCGAGAACGUUCUAUUAAAAAAUUUAUCUAUUAUUAAUCCUGAAGAAGCUGUUGCUCAAUUUACACGAAAUAUAACACCUUCUUUAUUACCAGUAAUGCGACAACUACCUCGACUUGUCCCUAAAGAAUGUUACCAAUCAAUCGACGAUGAGUGGCGACAGCUACCAAAUUUUAUUUUACCAGAAAAUAUUAAAGUCACCGACCCUGUAGAUGCAUUUUGGCACAAAUUAAAAAA